CCUUUUGCUGUCUUCCAAUCAGACAAGAGGGGCGGAGCUCAGUUAGAAGCGAAUUAUUUCAUCUCUUAAAUCGUGCCCAUCCGACGUUUUUUGGAGUACUAGUCUCUUUUAAGUUUUGUCGGUUUUGUUUUGUUUCUGUUUUUCGUUUGUUCUUGCUUAUUUUUUAAUUAUUAUUUUGUUCACCCUUUUCCUUCAAGGAAGACGAACUACUGCUAAACCACUCACAUCGAAGUAGAGGAGAGCAAUCGUUGAGAAAUAAUUUUUAGUAUCAAGGAGGAUAAUUUUACACUUAUUUUUCUUUGGGCUGGCAGAACAAUGUUACGUGCGACGGCAAUGUCGGACCGCCUUUUAAAAGACAUCUGCUGACUUCUCUGUCUCCAUGUGGGAUAGGAAGUAUUUUACUGUUAGUUUUUCGGGUUGUCUUGUUUCAAAGCAGGAAAACCUCGCUUUUCAUUGCAGCUUUAUUGAAACAUUUUCCCUUGUGGAUCUCUGUCCAGCGUUCUCUGCUGCUACUGGAUACAAUAUCUUUUAUGUACAGUAAUCUGGUGUAAAUGGAUCGCCAGCCAAGUUUAAUUUCUAUCUGGCUUCAACUGGAACUGUGCGCCUUUGCUUUUCUUCUGACUAAAGGUGAAAUUAGGUGUUAUUGUGAUGCCCCGCACUGCGUGGCCACUGGAUACAUGUGCAAAUCAGAACUGAACACUUGCUUCACAAAGGUCAAGGACCCACGAAAUAAAAACUCCCCCCUCACUCAUGGAUGUUCUGACUCCAGUGCAAAUUCUGUGGACGUCUGCAGUAGCAGCCAAAGGGUAGCCGACAUCCUGACUGGGGCCUUGACACUGGAGUGUUGCCAUGAUGACAUGUGCAACUACAGAGGCCUGCAUGAUCAUGCACACACUAGAGACUCAACAGGGGACCGUUACCAGUAUGAGAGCAACAAUCGGAAUUUGGUUACCCAGGUUCAGGGAUUGGCAUCAACCAAGGAUGUGUGGUUCAGGGCAGCUGUAAUUGCUGUACCCAUUGCUGGUGGCCUUAUUCUGGUCCUGCUGAUUAUGCUGGCUUUAAGAAUGUUGCGCAGUGAAAACAAGCAGUUGCACGAUCAGCGACAACAGAUGCUGUCACGGCUCCACUACAGUUUCCAUGGCCACCAUGCCAAGAAAAGUCACCUGGCCCAGCUAGACCUGGAGUGUAUGGUGCCUGUAAUGGGCCAUGAGAAUUACAGUCUGACCUGCGACAAAAUGAGGCAAGCUGACCUUGGUAGCAACAAAAUCCUGUCUCUCGUGCACUGGAGAUUGUACAGUGGACAUGGCAAACUGGAAUUUGUAUGACUCGCUGUGGAAAUUGUGUGACUGUCAUCUUUUCAGAGUCAGGACUGUCUUGAAUAUUUGCUUCAGCUUUUUUUUAAAAUGCGAAACAUUCCAACAUUUUCAUCCAUUUAACUAUUAGUUUGUGAUUUUUCUAUUUUUUAAGCAGUGGUGAAAUAUGAUAAGAGAUGGAUCUCAUGCCAUGUUGUUUUUGCAAGAGGAGCACUUUACUUGAAAAUGAAAGGCUGAUCUGUAUUUAACUUGAGGGUGCAGGAGGUAGACAGGAUUUUAGUCACUGCUCCUGUGGAUCCUACACUUUCUUCUCAGAGAGCUGAAGGAUGUAACAUUUGACUUAUUUGCACAUUUGCGAAACACAAGUUAACAUUACUUUGAGUUUUACACUGACCAGGGCACAAAAAAGGACUUGUCUGAAGAGUGAAAAAUCACCCUCUGUGUAUGUUUCAUGAUUCAAGCUUAUUGUAAGAUUUGCAAAUGUAUCUAUGUAUUUGAUGUAAUAAAGCUUAAAUGUGUGCAUGUGUGAAUGCCAGUAUGAAUACAUUCAUACUGCUGAAUGUGUUGCAUCCAGUUCUAUUCAGGAUGAAAGAUCAAGAUCUCACUGUGAUCAGCAUAGAAGCUUGUGAUUAAAAGUGAUUUUUUAAUUUGAAUUGAUUUUAUGUCAAAAUUUCUUUUUAAGUGUACAAUUUACCUGAAACAUACCAUUUCAUGCAAAGGAUUUUUAUACAUGCAGUGUCAGUGUGUGCAUGCUUGUGUUUAGGAUAUAGAGGACUGGCUUUGGGGUGGGGUAUGUGGGAUGGGCCCUUAUCAUGUGACAAAAGAUCUGCUACAUUCUCCCAUAUAAUCCUUUAACCCACGGUAGAGGUUGGGUGUAGGUUUACAACUUCAAAAAGUUUUUCCUUUCCCUAGUUUUGGAUGACACCUUAUCUCUCUCUCUCCCUCUGUAUGUACAUAUGUAUAUAUAUACAUUUAAAAACUGCUCAGUUUGGUUUUCUACUCAAAUGUGGUGGAACGCAAAAAUGACUGGAGUGACCCUCUUUGUUAUGCUGAACUACAACAUGUGGAUCCAGCAGAAUAAUAAAGACCAGACAUAGGCAUCGUUUUUUAAAGAAUUGUAUUGGUGUCUGUUAUGGCUGAUAAUCAGGAGUUUCUAUAAUAUAAUGAUAUUUGUACUGUUUGUGACCAAAGCAAACACAUUCGGUCUAUUAUGCUGCUGUUCACACAAAUAAUUAUCGGAGAGUAUAUUGGGUUGAAAAGUUCACACCAUGUGACUCACAUGGUGGUCACCAUGGUGAUUACAAGUACACUCUAAGUUUUCCAAAGAAGACAUUUUUUUCAAAGAGUGCAUAUGUCUUUGCUUAACACUGACAAAGCAUUAGGAGAGAAUAAGAUUACACUAUUAGUAGCUAACCUCUUAACGGCAGACAGCAUUUGCAAAGUUCAGCCCAUGCUAAAGGCUUCCCCCAGGACUUGUAGUAAUAACAAUGGCCUCCAGCUGCCUCUGGCAGCCUAAUGUGGACUUUUUUUUUUUUACUUGAUUCCGCUUUGAUGGCUGAACCAUGGGUGUCCUCUGAUUAUAGACUGGUGAGGGAAGGAAACCCUAAAAGACUUCUUGUAAAAAGAGAUUCAUUUUGUUGUUACUGUGGCUACAUUGCCAAUACACAACCUUUUUGUGCAGAGCAGAACAAGCCAUUCAAACUGUGUAUUUAAAUAUAAAUAUAAUGAAGUAAAAAAAAUCUGUAUGUUUUUCUCUCAUACUUUACCUCCUGAUGGUUUUUCAACUUCAGGUGGGG